CUUCCUUUCCUUCAGACAGAAACCACCGCCAAGACUUUUCUAAUUUCUAAUUUGAGGAGGAAUAAAAUAAAAUAAAAAACGAGAAAGAACGGCAUUGGUCUUUCUAAUAAUUUCUGCGAUCUUGGAGCUCGAUCUUGGAGAUGGGGAGGGGGCGAGUGGAGCUGAAGAGGAUCGAGAACAAGAUCAACCGACAGGUGACGUUCGCGAAGAGGAGGAGCGGGUUGUUCAAGAAGGCCCACGAGCUGUCGGUGCUCUGCGACGCCGAGGUUGCUCUCGUCGUCUUCUCCAACCGAGGCAGGCUCUACGAGUUCUGCAGCAGCUCCAGCGUGCUUAAAACUAUUGAGACAUACAGAAAAUAUAGUUAUGCUCAAGCAGUUCCAGCAAAUGAGAUACAGCCAAAAAGUUAUGAAGAAUAUUUGGGGCUGAAAGGAAGAGUUGAGAUUCUACAACGUUCACAAAGAAACCUUCUCGGGGAGGACUUGACUCCAUUAAGCACUAAGGAACUUGAGCAACUAGAAAAUCAAGUUGCCAUGUCUCUAAAGCAGAUAAGACUGACAAAGACGCAGUUAAUGCUUGACCAGUUGUGCGAUCUUAAAAGGAAGCAACAUGCCCUGCAGGAAGCCAGUAGAGACUUGGAAAAGAAGUUGCACGAACCCGAUUCGAGAAAUCCCGUGGGAUUUUCAUGGGAAGAUGUGGUGGGUGGCGCGGGGUGAUCAGGCC